CAUCUUAUUGUCAGUAUCCCGGCCAAUCCGACACCAGCUGAUGUCCACAAAAUUGUGUGGUCGCUCCCUUGCCUGACACAGCGAAAUGCAAAUGAGGUACACAUUUUUUUUUAUUUUAAAUGCAGAAUCUACACUUUUUAUAUGUUUACCCAUAUUUCAUCUUUCUUCCAGAUAAAGCUGAUUGGAAGUCAGGGUGUCUACCUGAGUAAAAUCAAGCUGUCCAGACUGCUGGAGGAGCUGGACCGCCACAAAAAUGGAGGGGUGUUUUUUAAUGACCUCAUGAUAGCGCUGGUCGGCGAGGAGGUCCUAAAGCUGCCCUACUUAAGCUGUGUGGGGAAUGACGCGGGCACCCACGUUGGCAUCCCGCAGUGCAUUGUUCUGGCGGCGGCAGGUUACACGAGAUGUAAAGCGGAGAAAAAGGUCCCUCGCAACUUCACCAAAACUGUGAACAACCUGAUAGGUUACCACCGUUUUAAAGGAGAACUUAUUGCGUCACAAAGUGUGUCCAGAACUGAAGCAGUCCCGGCACCGGCGCAGCAGGUCCCUCUAGACCAGGGGCACAUGGUGCAGGUGGCGCAGGUCCACCACCCCGUGGUGGGACCAAAUAACGCCGCGGCCACAGGCCCCCAGCAGCACCACCUUCAAGAACAGCAGGUGUACCAUCAGCUGCAGCAAGAAAUGCCGCAACCCACACCACCGGGUACUGAAGAUGACUACCCCUUUGCAACUGCGUUCACACGUACGUUGUAAAGAGCUACUUAUGUUUGUUUGACCUAGUCACCAAUGUUUUGUAUUUUUUUUUUUUGUAAUUUUGUAAUUCUACAAAAAACGAAAUUGUACGUGAUAUGUUUUUGAGGUGAAAAAAUAAUUUUUAUUUAGUCGACCAAAAUAACUACUUUUCAAGGUGCAAACUUUUCUUUUUUCCUUCCGUUAUUAAAACAUAAACAUUGAUAUUUUACCUGUUCACAGUUUGGUUACUGUUUGCUUUAAGAUGGUUGUGGAGUCAAAAAUGUAUGUGUCAAUACCUCCUAAUAACAAUGAACUCGAGUAGAACAAAAUGUGGAUAUUCUUU